AUUGGAUUUCUAAAGUUUUUAAAUGAAGGUCAACACAUGUUAAACAAAGAGACACCGAACAUGACGCCGCAGCACAACGACGUUUACGAUUUUAUUGUGGUUGGUGCUGGCACAGCUGGUGCCACGGUAGCUGCAAGAUUAAGCGAAAAUCCUGCAAUUAAAGUAUUGUUGAUUGAAGCUGGAAGUAAUGAGAACUAUUUAAUGGACGUUCCAGNANUAGCACCUUACUUGCAAUUGAGUGACGUCAAUUGGNAAUAUUAUACAAAGCCAUCGGAUAAAUAUUGUCUCGGUAUGAAGAAUAACAAGUGUCAUUUUCCAAGAGGCAAAGUAAUGGGUGGUANCAGUGCGAUAAACUACAUGAUCGCCAGUAGAGGCACCGCCGAAGAUUACGAUCGUUGGGCUGCGAUGGGAAACGAAGGCUGGGCUUAUAAGGACGUAUUAAAGUAUUUUAAAAAGUUGGAAACGAUCGAUAUUCCACAUCUGCAAUCGGAUACUACCUAUCAUGGAACAAAUGGACCAGUGCAUAUCUCUCAAUCACCAUUUCGUACGCCAUUGGCAGAUAUCUUUCUACAAGCUGGUCAAGAGCUAGGAUAUACCGUAGUNGAUUAUAACGCAGAAAAUGUAAUAGGAUUCGCGUACCCGCAAACCAUUUUCAUCAAUAACACUCGCAUGAGUAGCAACAGAGCUUACUUACAUCCUAUACGUGAUCGCAAGAAUCUCUACGUGACACGAAAUAGUAUGGUGAGUAAAGUGUUGAUUGACCGCCGUGCAAAUAGGGCAAUAGGCGUACAAUUCAUCAAAGCUGAUCAAACAAUUUCCGUAUUUGCGAGUAAAGAGAUAAUCUUGUGCGCGGGUGCNAUUGGAUCACCUCAGUUGCUGAUGCUAUCCGGUAUCGGUCCGUUUAAACACCUCACCGAUCUCGGGAUAGACGUUNUNCGAGACGCUCCGGUCGGAGAGAAUCUGAUGGACCAUNUAANUUACNGCGGAUUGGCGUGGANANUAAACNNANCANUAAGUNUAAGNGNACAAGACNNNNUUNNUAUNUUUNGUANCUCAUAUAUNAUGGAUUUNNUNUUAAACAACACAGGACCGUNNACNANCCCGGGUGGAAUCGANGNUCUUGCCUUUAUCAAUACUAAACAGNCAGAAAAACAUAAUGGUUCACCAGACAUUGAACUAAUGCUUUUNAAUUUUAUANUAAAAAGUNANCAUCUUAGUUGGAANGUAUUAAAUUUGAAGAAUGAAGUNUCUCAGUUGANGAGGAACUNCNAAGAUNAUNANGGCUGNAGCAUUNUUCCAAUGUUGUUGAAACCAAAGAGUCGCGGUCGGAUAAGAUUAUUGGCUAAUGAUAUUAAUGUUAAACCUGAGAUCAAUCCGAAUUACUACGACGAUCCGGAAGAUGUCAGAACAAUGAUCAAUGGUAUUAAGGCCGCAAUUAAUAUUGCCAAUACCAAAUCAAUGCAAGCGUUCAAUCCACAAUUUUUACGCGAUAUUUGUGAACAAUACACAUUUGACUCAUACGCUUAUUGGGAAUGUGCAAUAAGAACGCUAUCUGUCACAAUUUAUCAUUUAUCCGGUACUUGUAAGAUGGCGCCGAGAACAGAUCCCACUGCUGUUGUCGAUCCCAAAUUAAAGGUUAUUGGAAUUAAAGGAUUAAGAGUAGUUGACGCAUCCAUUAUGCCGGAGAUAAUAUCAGGACACACAACUUUGCCAGUGUACAUGAUUGCCGAGAAAGCGGCAGAUAUGAUCAAGGGAAAAUGGCGACUAUAAAGUUAUAGUUGCCAUAAAUUGUAUAAGUAAUAAAUUGUAUAGAUAAGUUGUAUAAGUUUUAUGUGCAUAAAUUGUAUGUAUGUGUUGUGGUAUUUUAUUCUAUAUUGUUAAAUAGAGUAUAUAUUAGUCAACGAAAUAAAGUGUGUAAGAACAUAUAUUUAGAAGAAAAAAAUUAAUAUUUUUAAUAUACGCGAGUGAAGAAGAAACCGCAUAAUAUGUUGUAUCAGAUGUUUCUCGAAAAAUAUUGAUUUGUAUGUUUGCUGUGUGCUAGUGUUUUACGUCUAAUGGAUGCUACUUUGAUUUACAAUGAUCUUUCAAAUAAUCUUCUCUUCCUCUUGAUCUUGCGCUAAGUUUGCACGCAAAAUCGCGGUGCGUGCCA